GAAAGUGAACUCCAUUGCGGAAAGAAGACGGUAUGUGUAGCGUCAGGAGAGCGGCCGCCGAAGCACUGUCCGCGUCUUCCAAGCGGCGAGCACUGUCUCUGAUCUACACUCGCGCUUUCUUAGUUUAGUUUCCUCUCAAUCCUUUCUGGGCUCUGCUUUGAUCUCUCUGGAUUUUUGAGGGUAAGGAGGAAGAAUGCAAGUCGCGGAAGCAGUCAGCAAUGGAGUUGCGGAGGGUUCUGCAUCGACUGAUAUCCAAACCACUGAACCUUCAAAUGAAGAAAUCGUAAAUUCAGGACCAACCAGCAGGCGUUCGGAUCUCUCACUUCAAAUACCCCCCAGACCACUGGCUUUUGGCAGUAAUCGCAGUGGAAAAGGUAUACUGCAGUCUCAAGGUUCCUUGAAAGGCAUUUCAUCAUCUAAGGGCUUCUUGCGAGCGUUGAGCUUCAAGAAAAAGGGUGUCUCCAUUGACGGUGAAAAAAGCUCCCUGCUCAAUCCGAACUCCAAAGCACCUCCUGAAAGUCCAGUUUUCUCUAAUAUCAUGUCCACGCUUUCUGGGAAGAGAUGUGCCUCUCUUCCUGUUACACCUGCAUCAAUCCUGUCCCCUUCAGUUUCCACGCCCACCUCUGCAAGAACACAUAUUGAAGAGAAGAAAUCACAUAAAGGCCCUGUGCAGGCCUCAGUUUCAAGGUCCCUGUCUGUGCCUGGGCGAAAUGUUGUUAUUGUAAGAUCUGCAUCUUUUGCCAUCCAUAAAGAGCACAGUCAAGCAGAUCUAAGUGAUGAUCAAGUCAAUCCCAUCCCGAUGGAAGAUGAUGAUAAAGAGAUUCCUGAAGAGGAAGCAGUGUGCCGAAUUUGCUUAGAUGCAUGUGAGGAAGGAAAUACACUUAAGAUGGAAUGCAGUUGCAAAGGUGCCCUCAGACUUCUACAUGAAGAAUGUGCAAUCAAGUGGUUCAGUACAAAAGGAAACAAGAAUUGUGAUGUUUGUGGGCAAGAGGUUCAGAACUUACCAGUAACUUUGCUUAGGAUUCCAAGUUCUGCUCAAAGAAAUUACAGACUAGAGCGCAUUCAACAGAAUUCGAACUCACAAGCAAUAAGUGCUUGGCAGGAUUUUGUGGUGCUUGUCUUGAUUAGCACAAUAUGCUACUUCUUCUUCCUUGAGCAGCUUCUGAUUCAUGACAUGAAGACUCAAGCAGUUGUAAUUGCAGCACCAUUUUCUUUUACCUUAGGUCUUUUGGCAUCCAUUUUUGCAGUCAUCCUAGCAAUCAAAGAAUAUAUAUGGACAUAUGCUGCUCUUGAGUUUGCACUUGUGGCCAUAAUCCUCCACCUAUUUUACACUCUGAUUCAUCUGAAGGCAGUUUAUGCAGUAAUGAUUUCAGCAGUUCUGGGUUUUGGGAUGGCUAUGUGCCUCAACUCCUUGUAUAUUCAUCUUUUUUCUUGGCGAGUCCAGGCACGGGUUCGGGUAUAAAGAAAUAGUCUCUUCACAUAAAAGCGGGGUAAGACUCUGUAUAUUGUGAUGACUGUCUCCCUAUCCUCGUGAAGUAGUCGGAGCCUUGUUGCCCGGGGACCCGAGCUAUAGGAAUUAGGACCUUUAAUUUCCUCCCAUCUCCAAUUUUCCAACUUCAUUUCAUUAUGACUGCCUUCCAUUACUUGUAAUUUUAUUUUGUAAUAAAAACAAUAAUAUUCCACACAUUUUAUUCUAACAAUCAGACAAGUUUGGUAUCA